AUAUUUUUUUAGCGCUAGUGGAAAAUUAAAAUGUUACUUCAAAGUUUUCAUAAAACAAGAAGUGAAACAAAAACAAAAUUUCUGCAUGCAAUAUUCAUUAGAAUUCGUAUGUUUAUCUCUGAAUGCAUAUAAGUUUGCAUCAGAAAAGAAAUGCAAAUGGGGUUGAUUUUCAUAGUAGCGGUCCUAGGAGUACGAUUUCCCGUGAUCAUCAACUCCAGCAUCGCUUGCAUGCAUCUCUCCAACUCGCAUUGCCUCUAACGUCAUAUGAGCCCUAAGUGAUCACUCUAGCCAAGCUGACCUUCUGUGCUCUUCUUCGUAAAUACGAAGCACAGAGUCAACAUGCAGUCCCUGCAUCCAUCCAUACAUUCAUCCACCAUUUUGGACUAUCUGCCCCCUCCUUCCCCUUCAUCAAUCCGGCUACAAUCACUACGCAAAUCAGUUGACGGUCUGCCAGCGAGCAGAACGGACGUAUUGUUGCGGUAGGAUCUUUUUCAGAAAUGAAGCAGUAAUCGCUUGGUAUCGCGGAUUACGAGAUUCUGCCUUUCGUGUCUUAUCGUUGUUAUUUGUCGUUCGUCAUUCGUCGGUAUUACGGUAACGCGCACGUCCACCGCCACCGGGUCGCGGAUAGAGACGCCUCUGUCCUCCCAUCCUUCUCCACCCGAAUCAUUCCGCUGUCUCUUCACCUCACCUUACCACUUGGUGUCGUUUCCACCGCCGCCGCCGCCGCUGCUACCGCCACCGCCGCCGCCGCCGCUGCUACCGCCACCGCCGCCGCCGCCGCCGCUACUGCCACCGCCGCCGCCGUUGCCGUUGCCGCCGCCGCCGCCGUUGCCGCCGCCGCUGUCACCAUCGCUGCCGCCGCCGCCGUCCCGGUGUUCAAGCAGCGCCGCGGCGGUUCCUCUAUUGAUCGAAUUUGACCUGCGAAGUUUCCCCUAGCGCGUGUGUGCAGUAUAGUGGCAGCCGGCAGUGACUCUCUUGCGUUUAAGUUUUUGAGUCCCGUGAUACGAUUAAAUAAUCGUGAAUAGCCUCGGUAUGGCCGUGCCAACGGCUUGCACGCGAUUCAGUGACAACUACGAUUUGAAGGAGGAAUUGGGCAAAGGUGCCUUCUCUGUGGUCCGACGAUGCGUGCAAAAGAGCACCGGUCAUGAGUUUGCUGCAAAAAUUAUAAAUACUAAAAAGCUCUCGAAUAGAGAUUUUCAAAAACUUGAGCGUGAGGCGCGAAUAUGUAGAAAACUGCAACAUCCAAAUAUUGUGAGAUUGCACGAUAGUAUACAAGAAGAGAAUUUCCAUUAUCUUGUCUUUGAUCUAGUCACCGGCGGGGAACUGUUCGAGGACAUCGUCGCCCGGGAAUUCUACAGCGAGGCCGACGCCUCGCACUGUAUUCAACAAAUCUUGGAAAGCGUUCACCACUGCCAUCAUAACGGAGUCGUGCACCGAGAUCUAAAACCCGAAAAUUUACUUCUCGCGAGCAAAGCGAAAGGGGCGGCUGUGAAAUUGGCGGACUUCGGUCUGGCGAUUGAGGUACAGGGUGAAGCACAAGCAUGGUAUGGUUUUGCUGGUACACCUGGUUACCUCAGUCCGGAAGUGCUAAAGAAGGAACCAUAUGGGAAAGCAGUCGAUAUAUGGGCGUGCGGUGUUAUCCUGUAUAUUCUUCUUGUUGGCUAUCCACCGUUUUGGGACGAGGACCAACAUCGACUUUACGGGCAGAUCAAGGCCGGAUCGUACGAUUAUCCGAGUCCAGAAUGGGACACCGUCACGCCAGAAGCCAAGAAUCUUAUCAAUCAGAUGCUGACAGUAAAUCCAGGAAAAAGAAUUACUGCCAGCGAGGCAUUGAAGCAUCCAUGGAUUUGCCAACGUGAGCGUGUUGCAUCUGUGGUGCACAGACAAGAGACCGUGGACUGCUUGAAGAAAUUCAAUGCAAGGCGCAAGUUAAAGGGCGCUAUAUUGACGACUAUGCUGGCAACGCGAAAUUUUUCCAGUAAGUAUGAUGCACAGGGUCGAAGCAUCAUCACGAAGAAGGGCGAUGGCUCUCAAGUAAAGGAAUCCACUGAUAGCAGCACAACGAUCGAAGACGAUGACAUUAAAGAGGAUAAGAAGGGCGGCGUCGACCGGAGCAGCACGGUCAUUGCCAAAGAACCUGAAGCUGACAACGCAGGAGACGAUAACAACAGCAGUAGCAGUAAUAACAGCCAAAACAGCGCAUCGCCGUCAUCGCCGGCCAGUAUCAACAGCAAGAACGAGCCGAUGGCACAGCAACGCGAGGAUUCCUUGGCCAUCGAACAGAAAACGCGACGGACGAGCGAUGACGGCCAAUAUGCAUUCCGGACGGGUCACAUCGUGAACGAGGAACUCGACAUAAGAAUCGUGUGUCCUAUCAAGACUUGCAGCCAGCUCUCGACGAACUCCCAGUGCUCAGCGCGCCGUCAGGAAAUCAUCAAGAUGACUGAGCAGUUGAUUGAGAGCAUCAACACCGGGGAUUUCGAAGCGUACACGAAAAUCUGUGAUCCACACCUGACCGCAUUCGAACCGGAGGCUUUAGGUAAUUUAGUCGAGGGAAUGGAUUUCCACAAAUUUUAUUUUGAUAAUGCAGUCCUGGGGAAGAACUGUAAAGCUGUCAAUACAACAAUCUUGAAUCCUCACGUCCAUCUACUGGGCGAAGAUGCCGCUUGCAUUGCAUAUGUCAGGCUGACGCAGUACAUGGACAAACAAGGCGUAGCACAUACUCAGCAGAGCGAGGAGAGCCGUGUAUGGCACAAGAGAGACAGCAAGUGGCAGAAUGUGCAUUUUCAUCGGAGCGCAGUGACGGGUCCAUCGCCGUUCUCCUUCAACCACAAAUAAAUCGGUUAAGAGGACUAUUCCUGCUGCCGCUCUCGGUGGACGCUUUUUGUCACCAUAGAAAGCGAAUUAAUGAACGUUAGGAAUACGGAGCACACGACAUAUUCGAGCGUUCUCAUACAUAUAUACACACGCACACGCACACAUACACAUAUACGCGCGCGCGCACGCAUAUAGAUACACAUGGGCAUGCAUAUACACAAUGAGAGAUGUGUAUAUUGAAGGAAAGUUACAUAUAUAACAAGCAACGAUAUGUAACGAUUUGAGAAAGAGAAUAAUAUGCAUAUAGGAACACACAUACAUAACACACAUACUUAAAAGUAGUACUAAGCGCGACAAAAACCGAAGCCGUAAUAUAUGUCGUAAUUAUCGGCAUGUAUUACACGCUCCAGUACCUGCUCAGCGCACUUAUUAUCUACUUAUCUACAUUUAUGCGUGCAUUGCGCUACGUGUGCCUCAAAGCCUUGAGAAAAACUACACGCAAAAGCGAGAUCAUUGAAAACGUAAGAAAGAGCGGAGUCGAUCGAUUGAUUGUCUAAGUCUAAUGAGAUCAUGAGGUAAAUAGACAUGCUUUUCGGCUGUCGGCUGACAGGAUUCGCGGCAAAGGGAGAGAGAGAGAGAGAGAGAGAGAGAGAGAGAGAGAGAGAGAAAGGAAGAAAAGAGGAAAGUUUCAUUAUAUGUGCUCGCGUAUAUUCGAUCGUUUAUGCAGCGGCGUCUUAAUGUCUGUUUUUUUUUGUGACGACGAAUUUUCCUUUGAUUCUCAAAGACAAAAUUGUUCUGUUGAGAUCGAGCAAAAUUCGACGGUUAUUGCGCAUGUAUCGAUGAUAAAUAUUGAGAAAGCAAAUAGAUUAUAAUAGAGUAUGAUGUCGGAUAAAGCGUGACGCGAGAUUACUAUGAAGAUAAUAAGAUCGCGAACACACAAUCAAGCACUUGCAUCGAUAACAUACAUCGAUUUGUGAUGGGCGAUGACGUCGUACAUCGAAGACCGAUUACGAAGCUGACGGAGCGUCAUGAAAGUCAAGUCGAAAUUACACUUACUUAUUGGAACAUCCAAGUUUCACGACUAAUCGGCAAGAUUGGAAAUUAAUCCUAAUAUUGAAUACCAAAACCAUAUUGUAGAUAACUAAAAAUCAUUCUACAUCGACGCAGAAGAAAACGUGAUACAAUUGAGAAACUAUUUUAAUAAACAAAAUUAGAUAAGACGAGAUAAUCAUCGAGCACUUUUAAGUAUUUCGCUCAUAAUGCAAAUAUUUUCGGCAAGGCUAUUCAAUAGAAAAUGAGAUAUUAUAUAAUAUUUCUUGCUGUAAUAGGAAAGCUGUUGAAACAGAUUGUAAGCGAAGGGCAUAGCAAGAGGAGAUUUAAUAAAGAUAGGCUUAACUUGGAUCACUUCUAGGCAUUGAUGACCUCAGCGACAGUCAUGACAGAAUGAGAAAACGAUGGGAAGGAGUGUGAGAAGGCAUCAAAGUGACGGCACAGAAGACAAAAUGAGAAAGGGAACAGGUGCACCGUGGUGUGCAAAGGCAGCGGAAUCGCGGUUGAAAAGCUCAUAAGCGACCAGGAGUAAAGGAAUUGUUACGUCAUCGCGCCGUGUUGACAUAAACGCAGCAAAAGAUUCUUCCAGGCGAUUUCUUUUUUCGAUUUUCGCUCUUGUCUUUCGUAGCGAGAGCAACGAGCUACAUCUGUGCACAUGCAUAUGCUUGCAUACAAGAAAAAAAUAUCAUCGCUCCUGCAGCGAGAUAGAAAACAUCGAUUAAUCGUUGGGAGUUAUCUAAUUCUUAUCAUUAACAAUAAAACUUAACAAAGUUAAAUUUUUCGAGUUAUGUUUGCGUGGCGUAUACUUUCGAUGUUUUCUAUACUCUUGAUCUCUUCAAGCAAAUAUUUCGAAUACAAAAGCAUUUUGUAAUAGAAUGUUGAAGUUGCGACAUGUAAUUUAGAAAGAAAAAAAAAAGAAGAGAUAUAGUAGCGAGAAAAAGUAUCGGCCACGUGGAUAAACUAAAUAUCUCUUAUGGGAAAUUUUAUCUAAUAAUGCGCAAGAAAGUCCUUCGAGCUUCGUAUUUAAUCUAUGUAGUGUAAGUUAUGAGCUUCUACGAUUAAUUCUACGUUUUUAUCACGACUAGCAACAUUCGUGAUAUUACAUAUAGGACCAUCAUCGUAAGCAACUACGAUUUGAUAUCAAAUCUUUCGUAAUGUUUUUGAAUAGCAAAUAUUAUUGUAUAACCAUAAAUAGGAAAUUUAUAACUGGCUUAUUGAGGCGCGGUUGCGAUAUACAAUAGAUUACAUCUCGCUGCGGGAAUUCUUCCGCCACGCGCGCGCGCAUGCACACUCCUAUAGCCACACACACACACACACGCGCGCACACGAACACGCGCGCACACACACACACAUAUUAUAUAUAUAUAUACACAUACGCACACACAUACACAUACACACACACACAUAUCGAUGCGAAUACCAUUUGCAAAAAUACAUAACGCGCAAUUGCCUAGAGAGUGCGAUCGUGAGUUUAACAUUUUUACUUUAUUGUCAAAUUGAUAAAAUUUAAUGAUUGAUCUAUUCACAUAUUUAACUAUUUUAAAGAAUAGAUGCCGCCAACUUAUAUGAUGGACGGAUACACAAAAAUACAUAUACACAUACACUAUACAAAUAUAACCGAUUCUUUUUACCCUGUUUUUUUAAAUUAAAUCUGAUAAUUUAAUUGUCAUCUGAUACCGAUUAAUGAUGAAUUAUCAAAUGAUAAAAUCUUCUCUUAAAAUCAGCAAUAAAAAAAGGGAUAAAGAAAAGAACUCGAAA